AUGAGUCUUUGUAGCGAUAGAUUAUCGAGUGAUCAGUAUUUCUUGGUCAACUUCAUAAUGAGCAAAUAUUUGGGUCCUGAUGUGUAUUCUGAUGACCCAAGAAUCUCAGCUUCUCAAAGAUUAGCCAAACGUUUGCCUCCUUACACAUCUAUGCACAUUGGAUCUUCCUCUCUAACGGUUGCUCAGCUACAGAACCUGUACUAUUACGUACUGAGAAACGCCGAGUCCAGCCUCCUUGUGCAUCCGGACAUGCUCUAUACGUAUCUGAAAGGAUAUCUUCCUCUGAGGGGAAUGUUUCCUCAGUUCACGUCCUUUUUCCCUACGAAUCUCCACCCGCAGAAAAAGUAUUCCCCGAGCCACGAGAUCGUGAAAGGUAUUGUUGUCAUCGAUGACCCUGCAGUAGCGUUCAUAAGCACUGAAGAACUCAAAAGAUUCAGAUGCUUGUCGUGUUUGGAUGACUUGAAAAUAGACAGAGUUGUGUCUUUGUCUCCUCUACGUGUGAAGCUGGAUGAAAGCCGGGGAAGAGAGCAGGAAGUGAGUCAAGUGACCUCCAGUGGAGCUGUCAUUAACCAAGACUUCAAUUCAUCUGGAGAGGUAAGAGAGAAUUGCAAGAGAAAGAACGAGGAGGAAGCAGUUGCUAGUCUUGCUGUUUACGAAGCCACAGAAGGAACUGCAGUAGACAUACAAGAAAGUCAGGUAACGGAGCAGGACUGUUCAAGAAACGGACUUGCCUAUAUUCAAGACUUCUAUUCAUCUGCAGAGGUUCAAGAAACAUGCAAGCGAAAGAAAGAGGAAGAAGAAAAAGAAGAAGAAGCAGUUACUGGUCAUGAUGUUUCCGGAAUCACUAGAACUCCAGAAAGAUUCAGGGAGACAUACAGGAGAAAACGGUUCAAGAACUCAUCAGCAAAAGCGAAAAACAAGAACGGUGAAACUGCUACGGGAAGAGACAAAAAAGAUCAACCCAAAAUUCAGAAGCUUGUACCAUUUCCUCCUGGGAUGAAGGAAUGUGAACCAGAACCGGCGGCUGUAACUAGAGGAACAGCCAGAGAAGGAGCUAUAGGACCAUCCAUUGGUGCUGUCGAUAUUGGUGUCAACAAAGCUGCUUACUUCUUUCGAGUUGCUUUGCCUGGUGUCUGCAAAGACUACGGUGAGUUCAGCUGUGAGAUUGAUACAGAUGGAAAGGUUAUUCUGGAGGGACUGAGUACGACAGGCCAGAAAACGAUCAAGAGGCAUUCUCGCGUUUUCGAGAUGAAGACGAGGAAGCUCUGCCCGCCUGGACCGUUCAAGCUGUGUUUUAGCCUCCCGGGACCUGUUGAUCCGAGGCUAAUCUCUCCUAAAUUCCGAUCAGAUGGUAUCUUCGAAGCUGUCAUCAUCAGACAGAAAAAAAACUCUUGA